AUGAAUCUAAGCCAACCAUGGACCGCAGAGUCUCUCAGCUUCUGUUAUGAAUAUCUGAACAACUCAUGUGUGAAGACUGUCUACUCUCCUGUCAUACGAGCUCCUCUCUACCUCCUGUUUGCUAUAACCAUCAUUCUUAUAGUAUGCGGAAACCUGUUGGUCAUAUUCACAAUCUCCUGUUUCCAGCAGCUACACACACCCACCAACUACCUGAUCAUCUCAAUGGCCAUAGCUGACCUGCUUCUGGGUGGGUUUGUUAUGCCUCCCAGCAUGGUGCGGUCUUUGGAGACGUGCUGGUACUUUGGAGAUUUUUUCUGCAAAUUUCACUCCAGCACUGAUUUUACCCUGUGCAAUGCCUCUGUGUUGCAUCUCACAUUCAUCUCAAUUGAUCGCUACUAUGCGGUGUGUCAGCCACUGCAAUACUACAACAAAAUCACCACACGUGUGAGCAUUGCCAUGAUCGUGGCCAGCUGGAGCUUCUCGGCCCUCUUUGGCUUUGGCAUUACAUUCUCUGGGCUCAAAAUUGAAAACGAACAAACCGAGGAGGGUCGUGUUAGUUGCAAGGGAGGAUGUUUAGCACUACAUGGAAGAGAAAUUGGAGUGACAUAUUCAGUUGUCUUUUUUUUCAUCCCCAUGUUUGUAAUUGUCAGCAUUUACAGUCACAUUUUUGUUAUAGCACAGAAACAUACUCGUGUUAUUAAUCACUACCCCCCAAACUCAUCACUUAGAACAAAGGAUCUGAAAGCCACUAAGACACUUGCUAUUGUCAUUGGAGUUUUCAUGUGCUGUUGGACACCUUUUUUCAUGUGUAACAUCAUAGACCCUGUUGUUAACCAUUCAAUACCUGAACUGUUAUAUGAGGUUCUAAUGUGGGUGGCGUAUUUGAACGCAGUGUUUAACCCUUUGAUAUAUGCUUUAUUUUACAGCUGGUUCAGAGAAAAAUCCAAAGUUCUACUCAGCAAACUGAAUAAACUGUGUUAG